CUAAUGGGUCUCUUCCUCCUCGACUACGGCGCUGGCAAUGUGCAGUCGCUCGCAAACUCACUUGAACGUCUCGGCCACAAGUUCGAAUGGAUAUCAUCCCCAGAUGACUUUGACCGGGCCACCUCCCUCAUCUUUCCUGGUGUAGGCGCCUUUCCAACAGCCGUCGAUGGGCUCAUUUCUCGGGGACUUUUUGAACCCCUCAAGGCGUACAUCGCCUCUGGCAAACCAUACUUCGGUAUCUGCAUCGGCAUGCAAGUGCUCUUUCAAUCUUCCGCCGAAUCCGAAUCAUCACUUCCUGGCCUCGGUGUCAUACCCGCUCGCAUCUCUUCAUUCUCCAAUGCCACCAAAUCCGUCCCGCACAUGGGUUGGAACUCUACCCAUCUCAUCGACCCCUCUUCCAAAUCCGCAUCAGGAGUGUCCGACGGCGCUCACUAUUAUUUCGUGCACACCUUCCGAGCCGCCUACGAACCCGAAACGAACCCAGAGGGUGCGGAAUGGGUGCACUCGGUAACUCAGUACGGACAGGAGAUCUUCAUGGCGAGUGUGAGGAAAGGGAACGUGUUUGGCUGUCAGUUCCAUCCUGAAAAAUCGGGUGAGGCGGGAUUGCGGAUGUUGGACGCUUGGCUCCGCGAACCUGAAUCCUCAAGGGCACACGCACCACCAACACCACGGAUACCCUGGCCACCGCGGGAGAAGGACGGCCUGACGAAACGAAUCAUCGCCUGUAUGGACGUUCGCGCAAAUGACCAGGGCGAUCUCGUCGUCACCAAAGGCGACCAAUACGACGUUCGUGAAAAAGCACCGGAACCAACAUCUACAUCAACACCGGCGUCAACAGAAUCCAACACCGUCGCCGCCCACACCGGCGGCGCCGUUCGCAAUCUUGGAAAACCCGUCGCCCUCGCCUCUCGAUACUUCACCUCGGGAGCUGACGAACUCGCCCUCCUCAACAUCACCUCCUUCCGUCACUCGCCCCUCCUCGACCAACCCAUGAUCGCCGUCGUCCGCGCUGCCGCCCAAGCCGUCUUCGUGCCUCUCACAAUCGGUGGUGGAAUCCGCGACACCGUCGAUCCCGAUGGCACACCGCACACCGCCCUCGAAGUCGCGGGUGCUUAUUUCCGCGCUGGAGCGGAUAAAGUCAGCAUCGGGAGCGAAGCAGUCUACGCUGUGGAGAAGAUGCUUGCCAAUGGCGGUAAAGGCGACGGCAAAAGCGGAAUCGAGACCAUCUCAUGGGCGUACGGCCGACAAGCCGUCGUCGUCUCCAUCGACCCCCGUAAAGUCUACGUCGACCCAGAGACGUACGACGGUCCCUACAAGGGCGAGUUAAUCCUCGCCUCUUCCGCACGCUCCAAAGACCUCUCGAAAGACGCUUCCACGAACCCGAAAAAAGCAUGGUGGUACCAAUGUACUGUUUCCGGCGGACGGGAAUCCCGCCCACUCUCCGUCGUCCAACUUGCGCAAGGCGUCGAACAGCUCGGAGCUGGCGAGAUUCUUCUGAACAGUAUCGACCGUGACGGGACGGGUGCCGGUUUCGAUCAUGACUUGAUUGGGUUGGUGAGGAAGGCGGUGACGAUUCCAGUAGUGGCGAGUAGCGGCGCUGGCAAGGCGGAACAUUUUGUGGAGGUAUUCGAAGAGACCGGCGUAGAGUCUGCGUUGGCGGCGGGUAUCUUCCACAGGGAGGAGGUAGGAAUACAGGAGGUGAAGGAGGCGCUUCGAAAGGCGGGAAUUGAAGUAAGGGGUCUCUGAAGUACUGCAAACGUGUGGAGAAUAAAAGAAUAGAGCAUCGAUGUAUACAACUGGUGUAUCCUCAUCUAUACUUAUUAGACCAAGCCAUACAC